AUGUUUGAGAAAAAUAUCUGAGUGAGUUUUAAGCUUUCAACAUUUGUUGCUUAUGGAGCCAGCAUCAGUGGCUAUUUGAGGAGAUGCAUCAGUAACACGUUUGCACUGAUUUUAACAAUUAACUGUGGCUUUGCUGUCAGUAAUCAACAAAGUCAACACUGAGUCAUCUGAAGAGGACCAUUCAAUGAACCUGAUCAUGGAGUGUCUAAACUCUCCUUGCUGGUUGGAGUCAGUUUUGGCCUGCUGUGCAUUAUACAAUUUGCUCUCAAUGUUGGAUUUCGGCUACAAGCUGUUGGGUGUUCUAACAACUCUGACAACGUUUCAACUCGUAAUUUCACAAUGCCAGAUGAUGACAUCAGAGCCCUGAUUUUAGAGAGAGAUCGACUGCUUCAAGAGAAUGACCAACUACUUCAACACAAAAAACAACUGGUUCAAGAGAAAGACCAACUGGUUCAAAACAUAAAACAACUGGUUCAAGAGAAAGACCGACUGGUUCAAGAAAAAGAUCAAUUGAUUCAAGAGAAAAAACAACUGGUUCAAGAGAAAGACCGACUGGUUCAAGAGAAAAAAACACUGGUUCAAGAGAAAGACCGACUGGUUCAAGAGAAAAAAACACUGGUUCAAGAGAAAGACCGACUGGUUCAAGAGAAAAAAACACUGGUUCAAGAGAAAGACCAACUGGUUCAAGAGAAAAAAACACUGGUUCAAGAGAAAGACCAACUGGUUCAAGAGAAAAAAACACUGGUUCAAGAGAAAGACCAACUGGUUCAAGAGAGAGAUCAAUUGUUUAAAGAGAAACAACAAUUGCUUCAGGAAAAAGACCAACUGGCAGAGGAUAAUAAACUGCUACAGGAUAAAAUUGAGAUGUUAAAACAAAACACCCAAAGAUGUCCCACGGGAUGGCAGACAUACAUGUCUUCCUGUUAUCAGCUUUCUCCUUGGAUUGGCACCUGGGAAGAUGCCAAACAAGACUGUGAGAGGAAAGGAGCUCAUUUGGUGAUUUUUAAUGAUGUAUCGGAAGAGAGAGUUGUCCAUAUUAUUGGAGGUGCUAAAACAAUAUGGAUGGGCUUGACCGCUCAAAAAGAUCAGUUCACCAACAGGUGGACGUGGACAUGGGUGGAUGGAAGCUUUUGUAGUAACUGGAAUGAUCUGCAGCUAAGUUGGAACUAUCUGCCUUUUUGGAGUUAUUGUGCACAUGCGGAUGAAGCCUCGUGGUGUUCGAAAACCUGGCGCUGGGGCAGCUGUCAACAAGAACAACACCACUGGAUGUGUGAGAAGGAGCUGUACACCAGCUCUUACUGGUCUGAAUAAGGCCAAAAAAACCCACAUCUGCAAUCAGUCUCUCUCUCUCACACAGACAAAAAUAUAUAAUGUGUACAUACACAUAUGUUGUAUGCAUUGUAAUUGUUCAUUCUAAUGACUUCUUUAUUUUUAUGCACCUCUUCUACAUAAUUCUACAUAAUUUCAUGAUUAGUUUUGUGUGCUUUCACUAUGUUAAAACAAUAUCUAAAUAUUUUAUUCUCUAAAUGUCGAUGUAAGGCCACAUGUUUUUUUUCUUUAAAUCUGUUUGAUGGCAGUGCUUAAGUUGCUCUAAUUAUUUGCUCCUGACACUGCUGGAGGUUGUGACUGUCCCUGAGCGUGCACACUGAGGAAGGCAUCGGCUGAAAGGUUUCUACAUUACAAAUGAAUAAGGAUACUUCAUAGGACUAUUUUAUGUUCUGUGCAAGCCAGUUUACCUUCAUUUAAACAACUGUUUUAACAGACAAUAUUUACUUUGUGUUUCACAG